UGUAGUCUGCCAUAAACUUUAAAGAAGAAGAAGACCACAGCAAAGUAGCCUAGCUGUGCUGUUGUAGCCAACAUUUCAUGUCAUACAAAGAAACAGUAGCUUCCACAAUGAAUCUGGACAAAUCUAGCCCGUCCCCCUCCACCCUCCAGGAGUCCCCAGGUCGACCGUCUCCCGGUACUUUACUGCUGGGUCUGGUCGACUUCAGGAAAACACCGGGGCAGAGUGGAACUGAGCGAGGAGAAGGAGAAGAGGAACAUGGAGAUUUGAUUUCAUUAAGGGACAGCCCUAAUCGUUCCUCUCUCAGUGGCAGGAGCUUAUCAUCUGGGGAGAUUCAACAACAUCAUGAUGCUGACAAGACAGAGAAGAGUCUCUCGAGAUCAGAACACCUCAAGAAGCACCAGCAGAGAUGUAUAGGGAAGAAACCUCACCACUGCUGCUUUGACUGUGGGAAGAGUUCUGCUAAACAGAGGGAAUUUAUAAUUCACCAGCGUAUUCACACUGGAAAGAAACCGUACCACUGCUCUCGGUGUGGGAAGCGUUUCACUGCAUCUAAAACCUUAAAAUCUCAGAUAAUUCAUAUAGGGGAGAGGCCUUACCACUGCUUUGAUUGUGGGAAGAGCUUCAGUCAAUCAGUAGCCCUGACUAAACACAAACGCAUACACACAGGAGAGAAGCCUUAUAGUUGUGAUCAGUGUGGGCAGAGCUUCAAUCGUUCAGGACACCUGACUACACACCAACGCAUACACACAGGAGAGAAGCCUUAUAGCUGUGAUCAGUGUGGGAAGAGCUUCAAUCAUUCAGGACACCUGACUACACACCAACGCAUACACACAGGAGAGAAGCCUUAUAGCUGUGAUCAGUGUGGGCAGAGCUUCAAUCGUUCAGGACACCUGACUACACACCAACGCAUACACACAGGAGAGAAGCCUUAUAGCUGUGGUCAGUGUGGGAAGCGCUUCAAUCAUUCAGGACACCUGACUACACACCAACGCAUACACACAGGAGAGAAGCCUUAUAGCUGUGAUCAGUGUGGGAAGAGCUUCAAUCAAUCAGGACAGCUGACUAUACACCAACGCAUACACACAGGAGAGAAGCCAUAUAGCUGUGAUCAGUGUGGGAAGAGUUUCAAUCAAUCAGGUUAUCUGAUUACACACCAACGCAUACACACUGGAGAGAAACCUUACUCCUGUCUAUGUGGAAAGAGCUUUGCUCGUUCUGGGUCACUGAAAAAACACCAGAAUUCACAAACAUGUCAUCUUUUAUCUUCCUCCUCUCCUGCACCGGUUCCAGAUCCUUAAAUAAAGUUUAAAUACAUUACUCUUUACAAUAUGUUUUCUAUCUCCCAUUCUCUAACAGUUUACUAAAUCUGAUUACCGUGGUAACUUGUGUAGGAUAAUAUGCAGCUCUGGAUCCAAAUGUAUCAAACGUCUUGGAGUAGGAGUGUUGUGGGGUGGGGGAUUUUGAGGUGGGUGGGUGUUUUCAAAGCUGUAUCUU